CUGAGUGUUACUCGAACUGGUAUUUGGCUUCAACGAUUUGCGGAAAUAAUGACAAAUUAUCAGGCCUAUUGGCGCGACUCUGGCCCUGGCUGCGACAGUUGACGUUCUACCAACGUGCCAGCCAACUGUUUUGGUCAGCUUUAGGAGCGUUUGUUCAGCUACGCAGACAUCGAGUCCAUCCAGCCGGCGUCAUGCGUGACUCCAACCAAAAAUCUUGCUGCUGCCAGUCACUGGUAGAUGAAUUUCAGUGCGCCAAGUUUUCACUGUACCACGAUCAGCCCGCCGACUUUUGUCGCUCACAAUGGCAACGCAGCGAUCGCUCUUUCAUCUGGCUGAUCUAUCGUUGGCUCUUGGCCGCCUUCUUUGCGACCGGUGUUAUUUGCAGUCUGAUCGAUCAAUUCAAUGAGGGCACAUGGUUCAUCUAUCUGACCGAUUGGGGUUUCUCCUUAUGCUUCUAUGCCUGUACCUAUGGCGCCAUUGUGGCCACCAUAUACUUCAUUAAGCCCAGCUAUUUUGAGGCUGGAAGCUGGGCUCUUAGGAUAUACUGGUGCUCGCAUUUUAUGACCACAGUUUUGGCCCUGAUAAUAACAUUGGUUUUCUGGACAGCGCUCUAUCCCAGUAUGUCUGACGGUCCCAUUGGUCUAUACAAUCUUUGGGCGCAUGCGUUCAAUUCCAUUUGCAUGCUCUUCGAUUGCUUUGUUUUGGCUUUUCCCACGCGACUGAUGCACUCUGUCUAUCCGCUGGCAGCGGGCCUCGUCUAUGGCCUGUUCUCCCUGGUUUACUUCUGGGCAGGAGGAACGGAUUACUUUGGUAAUCGUUUUAUCUAUUUCAUUCUGGACUGGGAGAAGCCGGGCUUGGCCAUUGGCAGCGUUUGUGGCUGUCUUGUUUUAGGCAUCAUAUUAUGCGUCGUGGUCUUUUGGAUCUAUAGACUAAGACUGUGGAUAUGUGAGCGUUGCUGCAAAACGGCACCGAUCGAAAUACGGGAAGCAGGCACAGCUCGCGCUCAAGUUGCUUAAAUAAUUAAAAAUGCUAUUUAUGCUAGUCACAUGUAAUUAUAUCUACGAUAUUGCGAAACUGAACAUUACUUUAUUUAUCCCUUGGUAAAGUAUUUUUCUCUUAGCUAACAGCGAAAUUGACUUAUAAUUAUAUAUUUUAUGCGCUUUAGUAUUUGAAUAUGAGUAAGUUCAACGAUGCAGGCUUAUCAUUUUGACUUUUGAUUUUGAAUUGUUAAAAUAUAGUAUAAACGUUUUUUCCAUUUUUGAAUGAAAAUAUCUGCCUUCGACUGGUUCAUAUUUAGUUUCUUAUUAUUGCUUCUCAAAGUUUGCAUACAUCUACAUUGUAUAUAUAUAUUUCAAGGAACUAUUUAUGAACACCAUAUAACACGAAGCUCUAUUUCUGAUAAACUACUAUACAUAAACUUUAUCAGAAUAUAUUCGAUAAAUUAAUGGAAAAAUACUUGUCAAUUGAAGCAAUUCAAAAUCCGGCACUUUACCGAGGUCCCAUAUUAACUGUUUUACGAAAGAAUUUUGAAUAUUUGUUAUUUUCCCAUUUGAGUCAUGGAAAUAUACAAAUGCUUAUCGGCCGUACUUAUUUAUGAUAGAACUAACU